AUGUUCUUCUGUGCUAUCUCCGGGUCUCCCCCUACCGUCCCGGUCGUCUCAAAGACGUUGGGAACAGUAUACGAAAAAGCUCUGAUUGAGCGAUACAUCGAGGAGAAUGGAACGGACCCAAUCUCCGGCGAACCUUUGACCAAGGAGGACUUAAUAGAGGUAAAAGCCAAACCAUCCACUCUUCCCCCUCGGCCCGCCAACCAAACAUCCAUCCCCGCUCUCCUCACCUCCCUCCAGGCCGAAUACGACUCGAUGAUGCUCGGCUCCCUCGAAAUGAAGAAGGCGUUCCAGUCGUCGAGGCAAGAACUGGCGAAUGCGCUGUAUAGGGAAGAUGCGGCGACGAGGGUGAUUGCGCGCUUGAUGAAGGAGCGGGAUGAGGCGCGGGAUGCGCUGGCGAGCAUACAGCAGACGGUUGGGGUCGCGCCUGCGUCAGCAGAAGAGGAGGUGGAGGAGGCUGGAGAUGUGGAGAUGCGGCCGGAGGGGAGUUUGCCGGUGGAAGUGGAGGAGAAGGUCACAGAGACCAACACCGCUCUCUCGGCUACUCGGAGAAAACGCAAGCCUGCCCCAGGUUACGUCAAGUCUGACGGUAUCGCCUCAUACACCCAAACAUCCCACGUUCCCUCUCUUCACGCUACCAAGCCCGCCGGCAUCACCGCUCUCGAUCUCGCCGCUGACGGCAACGUCAUCGUCACAGGAGGCGCGGACAAGGUUGUCCAGAUCUUCGACAUCGAGGCGUCCAAGGUGCUGGGCACGCUCAAGGGGCAUACCAAGGCAGUCAAGCACGUUGUGUUCCGGGAGCAGGAGGGUAUGCCGCGGGUGGUCAUCUCGGGCGGAGACGACAAGACGGUACGGAUCUGGGGAGAGGAUGACGGCAAGUGGAAGGCUAAGGGGAGCAUCACGGGGCACAAGGGGGAAAUCACGGGUCUCGGUCUUCACCCGUCCGGCGCGUACGUCGCUGCCGGAUCGACCGACUCCACAUGGAGCCUGUACGAUAUCGCCGAGGCGAAGAGCGUGGCCACCUACAGCGCUCUUCCCGGGAUGGACGGUUCCUUCUCCUACACCUCCUUCUCGGCCCACCCGGACGGUGUCCUCCAUGGCGGAGGAACCAAGGACGGUCUCAUCCGCGUUUGGGAUGUCCGCCAGGCAUCCUCCCUCGCAGCUACCAUCGCCUCCCACUCGUCCGACGUCACUUCCAUCUCCUUCUCCGAGAACGGCUAUUAUCUCGCUGCCGCCUCCAACUCGGACCCCACCGUCAACGUUAUCGAUCUCCGGAAACUUACCGUCCUCUCGUCCUGGAAAUUGCCGGCCGAAAAUACCGUAUCAGAAGUCCGCUUCGAUACCUCGGCGCAGUUCCUUACUGUCGUGGGUACGGAUCUGCGGGUGUAUGCCAACAAGACCUGGGAGGAGUUGCUCAAGUUUGAGGAGAAUGCGGGGGUCUUGACGGGCGCGAGGAUGGGCAAGCUGGGCAAGGAGAUUGUGCUCAGUGGGAUGGAUAGGAGUAUAAGGGUUUUGGGGGAUAAGGCAGAGUAG